AUGCAACUAUUAUCCACAUCUCACACGAGAUGGGAGGAAUUGACAAAAUCUGAACUGGAAGAUGCCCAAUUCCAUGUUCAGGAAAAUCCCCACAUAAAAGAGAAGAAAUCGAUUGAAAGAUGUCUCCUCACCGAUAAUGUGGAUGGGUUGCGACAAAAUGCCAUAAAUAACCCAUCUGGGCUGCUGGUCAGUUCAUUGAGAGCCACAGCUUGGCCAUUACUACUGAAUGUUCAACAUGAAUUGUCGCAGGACGCAAGUUCUCUAAAACCACAUCUGGAAGAGGGCCAAGUGAGAUUGGAUGUUGAUCGGAGCUACCUUCCGUCAGAUAAGCACCAUCUGCUGCAAAAUGUCAUUGUCAAGCUUCUUAGAAAUCAUCCAUAUUUACAUUACUAUCAAGGAUUCCAUGAUGUGGUAUCAGUAUUGCUUGUCACCCUUGACUAUGAUGAAACACUUACAUACGACAUUGCAGAGACAUUAUGUUUGCAUCACCUCAGGGACUUCAUGCUUGCAGAUAUGACGGGAACUACAGAUCUCUUACCCCUGGUAGUUGAUCUUGUAAAAGUCGCUGAUAAACGAUUUGGAGACCUUUUGGAGCUAAUCCCUCCAUUUUAUUCCCUUGCUUCAAUCAUUACCAUGUUUAGCCAUGAUCUAGACGUUCAAGACGUUGUGGUACUAUGGGAUUUUGCAUUUGCUAUGGGAAAUGUAACCCAGGCAUUAAUCUACUUAUAUGCUGUGUUGAUACUUAUCAAUAAACAGCAAAUUAUAGAUCAGGUAGUGGAAAUGUCAGGAUGUCAAAUUGAUACAAGCGUAACGUCUGCGCCAACAUUAAGUCGCCAGUUUGUUUUGGAGAAUACAGAUGCAUUCCACUUCACACUUUCUAACCUGACCAAGUGUUUUGGAACCAAUGGCAGCUCCAACCAAGAUCUUCUCACUCGCUGGAAGAACGAAACUCAGUAUCUCAUUAGCGUGGUCAAGUUAUCAGAUUUACCAACCUCCAAGGACAUUUUCUCAGGUUCUGCUAUCAAGCAACCUUCUUCUAGUAACAUUGAUUAUACCGUACGCCUGCAUACCAAGUAUCUGGUAGCGAGAAAGAGAAACCUAUCAGUUGUCAAGAAUUGUAAGAAGCUUCUUCAUAGGAACAGCAACAACCUCAAGCUGUUGCUCAAAGUAUCGGUGACGGUUGGUAUUUUAUCCCUUGUACUUGGUCGCUGUCUGGAACAUAACCAAUAUGUGGGUCUUCCCUUUCAUCAUCGCACAUGGCGUGAUAUGUGUAAUACAAUUUGGAGAUUUUAA